GUUGUAAUUUCUAUCCCAAGCUCACAGCGAACCAAGUUGCUGGGGAUCCCUACGUACUUUUUGAAAUUCGGUUCGUUCUGUUACAAAUCUGUACAGUUCUUGUAUGGGUUUUUUCAUUCCUUUGAUUUGGAUUCCAAUGUACUUGAGCUAUCCCUUAGUAUUGGGAAUGCUUUUGACGGGAUUGCGAACUGAAAUGCAAAUUCUCAAGCAUAGUUUCGAACAUCUUGGACAUCAAACGAAGUCGGGCCUUUUCGAUAAGAGACACUGGCUACAAUUAAAGCAUGAUAUUGGCGGACUGUUGAAUCAACAGCUACUACUGCACAGGCAUCUUCGGACAGUUCGACAUUUGGUGGGAUUUGGAUUCUUCAUUGCCUAUUACUUUGCUGUUUUCUUUAUUGGUGCCAUCCUCUUCAUAACCAAAAUGCAUGAUAUUGCGUUUUUCGUGGUUUUUCUCAUUUCACUGUUCAUGGUUGUGCUGAUCGAGUGCUACUGUUGGUGUCACCUCGUGGAUUCACUUGAUGAUGUCGCAGACGGCAUUGGGCAAAGCAUAUACGAGUUAUGCGCAAAACUUCCGGACUCUCGAGAACACCAUUCUGACUUUGUGGCAAUGCGAACAAGUUUGAUGAUCAUAUGGAUGAACACGUGCAACAGCCCCCAGGUGAAAUGUUUGGGAAUCUUUCGCAUUUGUUCCGAAAAAUUCGUCAACUUGUGCAAUGCCAGUUAUACGGUGUUCACAUUUUUCAUCGGAAUGCCUAGUUGAAUAAUGGAACU